GAGACCCAACUAGCAGGUUACAGCGUUGGCAGCAAAGUGGGCAAAAGCUGCUUCCUCGGGAGACUGGAAACCAUUGCAGAAUUCCAUGAUUCAGUAGUCUGAAGAGGGGGAGAGGCUACUGUUUUGGUUUUAAUUUUUUAUACCAUGCCUCUGAGGAGAAAAGUGCGGCCAAGUUCUGCUUCAGGAAAAUUAGAAACAUCCGCUCCUAGCAGCAUUCUGAAUGAGCUCAGAGAAUCGCCGGCUACAAUAGACUCUUUGUUUCGACGUGCUCAGACUUCAUUAGGAGGCCACAGGUUACAAGCUGCAUCUCCAGUUUCAGUCAGCAGCUUUUCAGAAGCUCAGGAGGAGAUACCCCAGCUUCCAGAAUGGCUGAUGAAGGAGUUGCUAAAGGGGCAACAGAGGAGUCACUCCAUAGGAACCAUGGAAAAUGUAUCGGAGAGCGAAAAUGUUCAGCAUCAUGUUGACACUUCUAGAAGUCAAUGGAAAGGAAAGAUUGAGCAGCAAGUAACCCUUGAACAGCUUCAGAAACUGCAUGCAGCCUUUCAGGAGUUUGAAAUUAAUGGACAGAAAUCUUUGGACGUGGAAAACUUCAAGCACACGGUGAAGAAAUGCAUGGGAUCACAUAAUGCGAAUGAUGGGCAGAUAGAGCAGCUUUUCAUGAGAAUAGACUUUUCUGCAGCUGGAAGAAUUCAGUGGCAUGACUUCUGCACAUACAUGCUGCUGGAAUAUGCUGAACAGGAUAGGCUGUAUGCCGGACUGAAAGCAAGCACCUUCUCACUUCCUGGCACAAUACAGGAGAUCCCACAUGGAGAGCCUGUGCUACGCAUGCGCUCGUGGUCAGACAGCACAUUAAUAACAGCCCGAGAAGAUGGCAUCAUUUCCUUCUGGUCUCCAGAGCUCAAGCUAAAACGUAGCAAGAUGGUGUUUGAUAAAACCCACAAGAAAUCAAAGUGGUUGAUGAAUUUCACUAUCAUGGCACCAUACAACAAAUUAAUCUUGGGAACUGGGGAUCGUGAACUUCAGCUCUAUGAAAUUUCUAACUUUGAACCCUACCUUCAGAUUACAGGUUUGGAAGCUAUACCUUUGAAUGUGGAUUACUGCUACACAGAUCAUGAUGAAUGUAUAAUUCUUUAUGGAGAUGACCAGGUAUGUGUUUCCAUAACAUUUGCUCGGAAAAGUGCAGGCCUUCAAAACUGGGAGAGGCAGGGAGAGACCGACCCUGCAACAUCUGCUGCUUAAUUCCUCUGGUUAUGGAAUGGAUGCACAAGAAUUUAAUGUCUCGUGUAUAUUUGGCUAAAUGCUUUACGAGUAACAAGGUAGAAAAACAGACUAGUAAGGCCUACUCCUUGAUUCUUGCCCAGGUCCUUAGUUACUAGCUGACAGGAGAAAAUGGACAGCAAGCAUUUCUGGUUUAUGAAAAACUCACUUUUGGUACAUGCUUCAUGGCAUAAUAAAGCACUUUCAGAUAAGCAAGGUUAGUUUAAUGAACAUUCUCUGAUGACACAUAAUUUUCUGAGGGCAAUUCCCCUUUGCAAUAAUGCCAGUGCUCAACAGCUAAAUUAUGCAGACAUUAUUUUAAAGUUUAACUUUAAGGAAGCUUUGUAUCUGUAUUUGUAAAUUUUCAUAUUUGUGUACCCCUUCCCCAGUUGUAAAGAGCCUGUGUUGGGGAAUCUGUGUAAAUAGAUACAUAGGAGCAGAACAUUUAUAAAUGGGUAUAGGUUAACAUCCUGAGUGAUGCACAUGGAAAGACUCUUUGUGGUAGCAGUGCUCUGCAGAAUUGCUCUAUGACUAGCACCUUUCACUAAUACAAGAACUAGUCUGAAACACGGAUUACUUCCCCGCAUAACAACCUUGUACAGUAGCCUUGCACCAGGGCAAUAGCAUUCGUAGUAUCUCAUCUGGAUGCCAGCAAUACCAAGAACGAAGGUGUGGUCUGGAUGUGUCUAAGUGUCCUGUGCUGUCAGCAGGAAAAUACUAUGCAUAUGAUGUCCAGUCAUCAUUUUAUAGGAACAAGGCUGUGGGUACAAAGGGAAGAUGGAGAACACAUCCACAGUGUUUGUUAUUUAUCUGCCAAAUAGGGUUGUUGCCCUCUUUUUAAUGUACAGAGACUCUUUGCUUUUAACAGCUGCAGGGGAGGCAUCAAAUUGACAGGCCAGAGCACUUGUGUCAAUAAAAGCAGUGGCAAAGCAAGCAGCUCUCCUACCAAAAGCUUUUCCUGGAUUACUUUGUGUUCAGAACCCUGAGAGAUAGGUUGCCACUGUCCCUGGGUUUCUCAUUUUAGUAACUGAACAAAAAAGGCAUGUUAUGAUCAAGAAGUACAUAUGUGAAGACCUAUUUGUUUUAUAGAACUUUUAUUUUAUUUUUCCUAUUGCAGGGAUGUGUCAAUAUUUUGCUC